ACACGGCUUCGUUCAACCUCCAGAAACACGUUGAGCUCAGCUGUCGAUCAAGCUGGCACCAACCGCCCGACAGUCAAAGCCAGUUUGUUUCUCAUAAAUUCGGGUUAUAAGUUGUAGCCGUAGGAACGGGGCCGUUCUGGCUCGUCGUUCUGUGUGAUUUCGGACCGCCGGUGAAUAUGCUGGUCGUCAGUCUGCCAGAUCUCUGUCAGGAAGGACGCACUUGCGCUGCAGACCUGCAGCCCUGAGCUAACCUCAUUUUAAUUGAACUGCUUCGCGACACCUUUUCACUGCCUUUUUGGAAAUGAGGACGGCGUUGGUCCUGCUGCACGCCAUCUCAUGCUGCUGGCUGGUCCGUGCCACACUCUCAAAAACCGAUGCAAAGAAGUCGCAUAAAGCUGAGGCUGAGACAUCUCCAGCUGAGAUAUCUGUGUUGGAGAGAGGCCUUGUUGUGUCAGACCCGCACUGGAAAGACAUAGUGAAGGAGGAGAAGAGACACUGUACUCAAAUCAAGAGAUCAUUUAAAGGACCAGUGCUUGGAUAUGUCACACCUUGGAACUCCCACGGCUAUGACGUUGCCAAAAUGUUUGGCUCCAGACUGACCUCGGUGUCCCCAGUGUGGCUCCAGCUUCGCCGACGAGGACCGGAAACCUUUGACGUUACGGGGCUCCACGACCACGACCCAGGAUGGGUCAAAGCUGUACGCAAGUCUAACAAAAAAGUCAGGAUGGUGCCCCGGCUGUUAUUUGACGGCUGGUCUUACCAGGACUACAUGAGCGUGCUGGGGAGUGAAGAUGAAAUAGAAGAGCUGGGCAGUGAGCUGGUGGAUGUUGCAAAGACUGAGGGUUUCGAUGGCUUCACCUUGGAGCUGUGGAGCCAGCUGGGCGGUAACAAAAGAAAGGAGCUGGUGCAUUUGGUGAAACACAUAUGUGAGAGUUUGAAGGCUAAGAGAUUGGACUGCAUUCUUGUCAUUCCACCUGCGGUGACAAGUACGGGGCAGCCAGGUAUGUUCGGCAGGGAGGAGUUCGAACAGUUGGCCCCGGUAGUCGACGGAUUCAGCCUCAUGACGUAUGACUACUCCAGCGGUGCUAGACCAGGCCCAAGCUCUCCCCUGCCCUGGGUGAGAGACUGUGUUCUCCAGCUUGCACCCAACACUCAGUGGAGACAAAAGAUCCUGUUGGGGCUCAAUUUAUAUGGCCUUGAUUUUGGAAGCCAGGGAACAGAGCCAAUCCUGGGGGGAAGGUACAUUGAGAUUUUGCGAGAACACAGGCCCAAACUUCUCUGGGAUGAAUACUCUGCGGAGCAUUAUUUCAGUUACAAGAGGAACAAUGCAGUUAAGCAUGUGGUGUACUACCCAUCACUGAAGUCAGUCUACCUGAGAAUCUCUUUAGCAACUGAACUGGGAACUGGAAUUUCCUUAUGGGAACUGGGACAAGGACUGGAUUAUUUCUACGAUCUCCUAUGAGAGUUGGACUUGUUAUUGAAGGCCGGGGACCUUGGAUCAUCAACACAAUACAUAUAUAUAUUUUUUUUUCCUCUGGAACAUGGUGCAGAAAGAACUCAGGUGCUGUGUGCAGGUAUAUUUUUCUUUUUCUCUCUGAGCAACUGAAGUGAACUCUGAAAUGAGCCAUUGACAGGUUUUAGUUAAUACUCAACCUGUCUGAGGGUCAUGAAAAGUGUUGAGAAAUCUUGUCUACGUAAAUGAAACUGGGAUUUGUUGAUUUAAAAAAAAAAAAAAAAAG